AUGCCGGGUGGGGAGUCAGAUAUAAGUGACGAUGAAACUGAAGAGUCAAUUAUGGCCUACCAAUACCUUCGCCGGGAUGAUAUUCAUGGCUUUGAUGACGACGAUGAUGAUGAUGGAGAUAGUAAAGAUGACGAGAAGGAGGAUAGCGAGAUAGAAGACAUCGAUGUGGAUGAGCUUCAUCAUUUACGGAAAGGUGCUAAUUUCAAGAACCAAGAUUGCCCUUUGUGGUUGAAGGCCGGAUGCUUAGAAAGCCUGGAAGAUAUCUUCGAGCGUUAA